GGUACCAAUGUACUUUGUAUGCAGUGUCAGUGUUCCUGCUGUGAGUAGUUUUUUACAUUCCCUGCAAGGUCUUUUGGAUUUUCCAGUGGUCGACGUUGGUGCUGUCAGCUUUUUCCUUUCAUUGAAUAUAUCUUCAACCGCACGUGACCUGUUGUCUCUGCAUCUUGGGGUCACGUUACUGGCAACCAUAACAAAGUUCUCUUGCCUGACUCUGGAGAUCGAACCAUGGGGCGUGGACCGACCGUGUUGGUUAUGCGCUUCAGUCCAGGAAGUCGGCUCAAGGAGACCUGGCUUCUGAAUCACUGAGGAAAAACUUCAAGGAGCCCUCUCAGCUGCCCACUUGACACGGGGAUCUGAUAUUGCUAUCUUCGGCCGGGAGCUUAAAUCUCAUCCAUUUUCGACAUUUGAGCUACUCGGGAGGAAAAAACACGGAUAUUUCCAUGACCAUGAUAUGCGGACGAUAAUAUCCAGCAGAUACAAUUUACAAAACUAAUCAAAUGGUUUUGACACCCUAAGGACUUCUAUCCUAUUGCCUGCUGGUGCUUUCUGUGAUCCUCCACAAUGAAUCCAAGCAGCUUCUUUGGGCAAGCGGUCCUGCUGCUAAGUACUGUCCUGGGCCAGAGUGUGGGAUUAGAGUUUACCGGCUCCGAGGGUCAGUGGGCUCGGUACCUGCGCUGGGACGCCAGCACCAGAAGCGACCUGACCUUUCAGUUCAAGACAUCCCAGUCCGAAGGCCUCGUCAUGUACUUCGACGACGGCGGAUACUGCGACUUCCUGCUCCUCACCUUGACCAGGGGUAGGAUGCAGCUUCUCUUCAGCAUCGACUGCGCCGAGACCACCAUCAUGUCAGACAAGAUGGUCAACGACAGCCGUUGGCAUUUUGCAGCCAUCAACAGGCAUAACUUGCGGACCGGCUUGGCGGUGGACGGCCUGACCAAGACGGCGGAGGUGCGUCCUCAGAGGCAGUUCAUGAAGAUCGUCAGUGACCUUUUCCUGGGUGGGCUGCCGGGGGACAUACGCACAUCCGCCAUCACUCUGCCCUCCGUCCGCGAGCUUCCGCCAUUCCAGGGGAUCAUCACGGACCUCAGCUACGGGAGUAAGCUGCCCACGCUCAUCAACAGUCAGAAAGUGCGCUUGGAAAUGUUGGGCCUUUGCACCGAGAACCCGUGUGAGAACGGCGGGAUCUGCUCGCUGGCAGAUGGAGAAACCUAUUGUGACUGCUCCAGAACUGGAUUUGUAGGGCGACACUGCACUGAAGCAGUCCAGAGAACACCAGGCUUCGCACACCUGAAGGCAGAGCAAGCGAGGGAGGAGAACGUGGCCACCUUCCGCGGCUCCGAGUACUUCUGCUACGACCUGUCGCAGAACCCCAUCCAGAGCAGCAGCGACGAGAUCACGCUCUCCUUCAAGACGUGGCAGCGCAACGGCCUGCUGCUGCACACGGGCAAGUCGGCGGACUACGUCAACCUGGCGCUCAAAGACGGCGCCGUCUCGCUCGUCAUCAACCUGGGCUCCGGGGCCUUCGAGGCCAUCGUGGAGCCCGUCAACGGGAAGUUCAACGACAACGCCUGGCACGACAUCAAAGUGACGCGCAACCUGAGACAGCAAUCAGGCAUUGGACACGCUAUGGUGACCAUAUCCGUGGAUGGAAUCCUCACCACCACGGGCUACACCCAGGAAGACUACACCAUGCUGGGCUCGGAUGAUUUCUUCUAUGUGGGCGGGAGCCCCAGCACCGCGGACCUUCCUGGAUCUCCCGUCAGCAACAAUUUCAUGGGCUGCCUCAAGGAGGUGGUGUACAAAAACAACGAUAUCCGCCUGGAGCUUUCCCGCCUGGCCCGGAUCGUGGACCCCAAGAUGAAACUGCAAGGCGACGUGGUCUUUAAGUGCGAAAACGUUCCCACCUUGGACCCCAUCAGCUUCGAGACCCCGGACUCCUACCUGGCUCUGCCAAAGUGGAACACCAAACGGGUGGGCUCCAUCUCCUUCGACUUCCGAACUUCGGAGCCCGACGGCUUGAUUCUUUUCACCCACGGCAAGCCCCAGGAGCGCCGCGACGCCAAGUCCCAGAAGACAAAGAAGGUGGACUUCUUUGCCGUGGAGCUUCUGGACGGAGUGCUGUAUUUGGUGCUGGACAUGGGCUCUGGAACCAUCAAGGUCAAAGCCACGCAGGCGAAGGUCAACGAAGGCAGCUGGCACCAUGUGGACAUCCAGAGAGACGGCCGCUCAGGCAUCAUCUCCGUAAACAGCCGCCGGACACCUUUCACGGCCAGUGGAGAAAAUGAGAUCCUGGACCUGGAGGGGGAUCUUUAUCUCGGCGGCCUUCCCGACAACCGGGCGGGCCUGGUGCUUCCCACCGAGCUGUGGACCGCCAUGCUGAACUACGGCUACGUGGGCUGCAUCAGGGACCUCUUCAUCGACGGACGCAGCAAGGACAUCCGGCAGAUCGCCGCGUCUCAGAACGCGACCGCUAUCAAGUCGUCCUGCGGGAAGGUGACGGGGAAACAGUGCGACAGCGGUCCCUGCAAGAACAGCGGCGUGUGCAAGGAGGGAUGGAACCGCUUCAUCUGUGACUGUGCAGGAACAGGAUUCUGGGACAGUACCUGCGACAGAGAGGCGUCCAUCCUGUCGUACGACGGCAGCAUGUACAUGAAGGUGGUGAUCCCCGACGUGGUGCACACGGAGGCCGAGGACGUGUCCCUGCGCUUCAUGUCCCAGAGGGCGUUCGGCCUGCUCAUGGCCGCCACGUCGCGCGAGUCCGCCGACACGCUGAGGCUGGAGCUGGACAGCGGCAAAGUCAAACUGACGGUCAACCUAGACUGUGUCAGGAUAAACUGUAACACCAGCAAGGGUCCUGAGGUUCUUUAUGCCGGACAAAAGCUCAACGACAACAACUGGCACUCGGUGCGAGUGGUCCGCCGUGGUAAAAACCUCAAACUCCUUGUGGAUGACGACAUGGCGGAAGGUCAAAUGGCGGGCGACCACACCCGGUUGGAGUUCAACAACGUGGAGACGGGCAUCUUGACCGAGAGACGCUUUGUGUCGUCUGCACCCUCCUCGUUUAUCGGACACCUUCAGAGCCUCAAGUUCAACGGCAUGCAGUACAUCGACAUGUGCAAGAACGGGGACAUCGACUUCUGCGAGCUCAACGCCCGUUUCGGCAUGCGCUUCAUCGUCGCCGACCCCGUGACCUUCAAGACCAAGGGCAGCUACCUGGGCUUGGCCACCCUGCAGGCGUACACCACCAUGCACCUCUUCUUCCAGUUCAAGACCACCUCGCCCGACGGCUUCGUCCUCUUCAACAGCGGCGACGGCAGCGACUUCAUCGCCGUGGAGCUGGUCAAAGGGUUCAUCCACUACGUGUUUGACCUGGGGAACGGGCCGAGUCUUCUGAAGGGGAACAGUGACAACCCGCUCAACGACAACCAGUGGCACAAUGUGGUGAUCACGCGAGACGCUGCCAACACUCACACCCUCAAAGUGGACUCCAAGUCUGUCACCCAGAAUGUCAACGGGGCCAAGAACCUGGAUUUAAAAGGAGAUCUGUUCGUUGGAGGUCUGGGACCCAACAUGUACCAGAACCUGCCCAAGCUGGUGGUUUCUCGCGAAGGCUUCCAGGGCUGCUUGGCCUCGGUUGACCUCAACGGCCGUCUGCCAGACCUCAUCAGCGAUGCCCUUUUCCGCAGCGGGCAGAUCGAGCGCGGCUGCGAAGUUGGUUUCACCAAAGCCGACCUGCAAGGCCCCAGCACCACCUGCCAGGAGGACUCCUGCGCCAACAUGGGCGUGUGCAUCCAGCAGUGGGAGAACUUCACCUGCGACUGCUCCAUGACGUCCUAUUCCGGGACUCAUUGCAACGACCCCGGUACCACCUACAUCUUCGGUAAAGGAGGGGGUCUGAUCACGUACACCUGGCCCAAUAAUGAAAGGCCCAGCACUCGGACCGACCGGCUGGCGGUCGGCUUCAGCACCACCAUCAAAGACGGCAUCCUGGUCCGCAUUGACAGCGCCCCGCGCCUGGGAGACUACAUCAUGCUCCACAUCGACCAAGGAAAAGUCGGUGUUACCUUCAACAUUGGGACGGUGGACAUCAGUGUCAAGGAGUUGACCACAUCCAUAAACGAUGGCAAAUACCAUUUGGUUCGAUUCACCAGGAACGGAGGCAACGCCACCUUACAGGUUGACAACUGGCCAGUCAAUGAGCACUUCCCCUCAGGCAACAGCGACAUUGAGCGCUAUCAAAUGGCCAAUAAGAAAAUCCCGUUCAAAUAUACCCGGCCAGUAGAAGAUUGGCUUCAGGAGAAAGGCCGGCAGCUGACCAUCUUCAACACCCAAGCGACCAUUUCCAUCGGCGGGAACGACCGGAAGCGGCCCUACCAGGGCCAGCUCUCGGGCCUCUACUACAACGGCCUCAAGGUGCUCAACAUGGCCGCCGAAGGCCACGUCAACAUCCGGGUGAACGGCAGCGUGCGGCUGGUGGGCGACGUGCCCGCCAGCAGGGGCGCCGCACGCACCACCACCUCCGUGCCCCCGGAGAUGUCCACCACCUUCAUCGAGACCACCACCACCCUGUCCACCACCACCACUCGCAAGCAGCGCUCGCCGCCAACCGUCCAGACGACAGACGACAUCGUUUCAUCGGCCGAGUGCUCCAGCGAUGACGAGGACCUGGAGGAGUGCGACUCGGGACAUACAGGAGGGGAGCUAGUCGUCCCCAUUUUAAUGGAGGACCCCAUAGACACCCCUUCUGUGUCCACCCGUUCUUCUUUUAUGACCCUCCCCCCCACCCUCCACCCGCUCCUCACCAUUGUCGAGACCACCAAAGAACCCUCGGCCGCGGCCACCGAGGCGGGGGUGCCUUGCUUGUCGGACCGAGGCGGCGGUGAUUGUGAUGAUGAUGAUGAUGAUGAUGAUGAUGGCAUGGUGAUUUCGGGGUUUGGCUCUGGCGAAGCGUUCGACUCUAGCCUGCCCCCGACUGACGACGAAGAUUUUUACACGCCCUUCUCCCUGGUGACAGAUAAGGUCUUGACCACGUCCACCUAUGAAGGCGGCUACAAAGCCCUCGCGCCCAAGUGGGAGGCCAAGGACUUGAGGCCUAGCAAAGCCUCCGAGGCAGGUAGGACUACGGCCGCCUUGCCCCUGCCCGACCCCCGGGGCACGCCGGCGGCGGCGGCGCCUCCCAAGCUGCCCGCCGGGAAAAUGAACAACCGCGAGCUAAAACCCCCGCAGCCGGACGUCGUCCUGCUCCCCCUUCCCACGUCCUUCGACCUGGACGGCACCAAGCCGCGGGGUCCUUACGUCACCUCGCCCAUGCUGCGCACGGUGCCCGCCGCCUUACCCACGGUGCCCGGCGUGGUGCGGCGUGUACCGCCGGGGGCGUCGGAGGUCAUCCGGGAGUCGAGCAGCACCACGGGCAUGGUGGUGGGCAUCGUCUCGGCCGCCGCCCUCUGCAUCCUCAUCCUCCUCUACGCCAUGUACAAGUACAGGAACAGGGACGAGGGCUCCUACCAGGUGGACGAGACGCGCAACUACAUCAGCAACUCGGCGCAGACCAACGGCGCCGUGGUGAAGGACAAGACGCCCGGCGCCGCCGCCGCCACCAAAGCCGGGGGCGCCGCCGCCAACAAGAGACCGAAAGACAAGGACAAGGAGUACUAUGUAUAGAAGUGGUUUCCUUUUGGACAGUACCAUAUUGGCAACUGGGACUUUAAAAAAUGCGAACUCAAGACUUUCUGAGUCGGUGGAAAUUUCCACAAACACACAAAAAAAAAAAAAAAACCUCGGCUUGAAAAAGCUGACUUUUCUGGAGAGACAAUGUACUGAGACUCCACAAGGACCUUUGAAGGACACCUGAGACUUUGGACUGAGUGAACCACAACCACAGUCUCUGUCUGAGGUGUGUGUGUCUGAGGUGUAUGUGUGUGUGUCUGAGGUGUGUAUGUGUGUGUGUGUGUGAUUGGUGGGAGUCCUGCCGACCCUCCUUGUCCGUUGUAACCUGUAAAAAAAAAAACAAGCGCUGUCAUAGGGAGUUGCAUGUGAGGCGUACGUGACGCGGUGCUGGCGUCUGCCGGGGACGGACCUCAAAGGGACGACGUUUGGAGUACACACGUUUUUUUCUCCCACUUUCUAGUGUUUGUUUAUUCAAUUGUUUUCUAAAGAUGGCAGCACACAACACUGUGACUACCCGGCGAGAGGUUUCGUGUUUCACUCCCUCCUGUCCGACCUUCCGAUUGGACGAUUGCGAUCGGAAGGAUUCGUUACGAUCGACGGGCGUUUUGAACAUCAAACGCAUCUUCUCAAUUGGCGGAGAGUGACGAAAAGGAAGUCUGCACUUUUAUCCACAAUCUUGUUUUUUUUAUUUUUGUGCAUUCUAAAUAAUAAGGGUGUCAAACUUUGGUCACCUAACAAUGGGGUCUGAUUCCGAUUUCUGGGGCAAUUCAACAUGAUUCUUGAUUCCAAAUCGAUUCUCGCAAUGUAUUAUUUGGUAUAAUAUUCACCAUGAACAUUUUUCAAAACAGGUUACAGAAGCUCCAUUAAAAAACUUAUUUUUAUAUUGAUUCUUAUAAAACUUUUUUUUAAUCAUGAGCUCUUAGUUUGGAGCAAGGUUCUCAAACUUUACACAUAACUUCAGAGUUAAGCAUAAGUGCUGCCCGCGCAGCGUGGUGAGUUUGAAUCCACACUCACCCACACUACUAUAGGUAAUAAUAAACUACAUUAAAACAAGUGCCGCAAAGCAUGCUGGGAAACAGGAAGCACAAAGAUCAUGUUUAAAAUGUAAUUAAUUUAGAAUCAGGCUGGAUAAGAAUCACGAUUUGGAUGUGAAUCGAUUUUUUUUGUGCACCCUUAUUAAAUACUAGGGCUGUGAAUCUUUGGGCACCACACGCUUCCAUUCGAUUCUUAAGGGUAACGAUUCGAUUCGAACGAUUCUCGAUUCAAAACUAAUACUGUUUUAAUAACAAUGGGUGCCAGGUCUAUGAUUAACUACAUUCCUCCUUAACUUAGAUAAACAGCUCUGAUCAAUUUCUAUAUUACUUAAAAGAAAACUGGUUUUGUUUAAUAAAAUUCUACCCAAACAUUUAACAAAGUUAAAUACCCAAAUAAGGCAACAAGAGAAGUAUCCAUUUUCUAAAGUAAAUAUAUGUGCAGCAGAUAUAGAUCAUCUACAUCAGACCUGGGCACAUUAAGGCCCGUUAAGCUUUUCAAUCUGGCCCGCCGGACAUUCCCAAAUAAUUUUUUUAGAUCUUUAAGAUGGAAACUAGCUACCAUUAUGAUGUGCAGUGAUGUUUUCUAAUGACCGCAAGUCUUGAACUGUACAAAGUAUUUCAAUGGUUGGAAUCUGCGCUUAUGGAUACCAGUUACUAUGGUCAUCUAAUUAGUUACUAUGGUCAUCUACGUCACAGCAGCUCAGACGAGGCACCAAGCAGUGUGGGCGGGAAGCGUUUCCACAGACGCGGAAGGAGAUUUUCACGACAAAGUUCUAAAGCUUAGUGAUAUAUCAGAUUGUAGGAGGGUUUAUUUUGUACCUUUCGCGUUCAUAUUUUACUGUUUGUUGCAUUUUUGUUGCGUUUCACUUGAUUGUAAAAUAUGUCGAUCGACAGGGGGUGUGACAUUCAUAUUUUGUCAAUAUUCAGUGUUUUAUCGUUCACAGAAAAAUGGAAAAUUCCAUUACGUUUUUUAAGGCGGUCUGUCAUAACGUUUUUAGCAUUCAAUCAGACAUUAUUGUGAGGUUUUGUAUUAGUGUUCCUAAAAAUAGAUAUACCAGCCCCCAGACUCAUUUUUUUCUCUAAAUGUGGCCCCCGAGUCAAAAUAAUUGCCCAGGCCCGAUCUACAUCAACAAUAUGAAAAGCACAGAUUAAAAAAAAUACAUUUUUGGAAUCGAUUAAAAAUCGUUACAAAUAAGAAUUGCAAUUCAUUAUUAUUAUUUUUUUAACACCCCUACUAAAUACUGCAAAACUGCUAGCAAAAGGCAGCUAACAAUGCAGCUAAUUCAUCUUAUUAAUAAACUGUUCAAAAAAACCUUCUUUAUGCACACGCUGUAAGUAUUAUGUAACGUACUAACAGGCACAUUCAUAGUAAUAUUUACAGUAGUGCUGUGAAAUGAUACAUUUUACAAAAAUCAGAUUAAUCACACUUUUGAAUUUAGAUUAUUCGUGAUUAAUCACAGUUAAUCACUUGCUUACAUUAUUUUUUAUUGACCGAUAUAAAGACCCCGAUGUUUUCAUGCAAAUCCAAAGUCACUGUUUCCUGUUUUAAAUCUGAUUAAUCACAAUUAAUCAGUUUUUUUUUACUUUAAUUAAUUUGACACAAAAGCAAUUUUAUAGUCAAAAAAAAAAUGUUUUACUUGAAUUUAUUCGUUAAAAACCUGGUAACAGUUUUAUCUACAGUCAUGUCCAAGUUUUUGUUUUUUAACAAAAUUUAGUUUGUUUGCAUUGACCUUAUAACAAUCUUUGCGGGUAAUUAACUAAUGUAAAAAAAAAAAAUCAUCAGAUAAAUCUGCAACUACACAAGAUUAAUGCAAUAUUUUUUUCUGAUUAAUCACAUGAGCUAACUCGUUAUUUUUGUCUGCCUUAAUUCACAGUAUUUUAGUGAUUUGAAGCAUUACUAUAACUUAUUUCCUAAUUAUGGCAAAAUAUAAGAAAUACAAAAUCAAAACAAAACGGUCACUUAAAAUGUCCGCUCUCACUGGGAUGCUGACUAAAGGGAUGGUUGUAUCUUUCAGCACAAGUUUAGAGUUUAAAUACAGCAUAAUCAUCACUUCUCAGAUUUAAAAAAAAAAAAAUGGGACGAAACUAACUCUUGUCCAAGUUGAAUUUCGAAGUUGACCAAUUUCUGGGUUUGUGGCCACAACCUUCUACUUUAUGAAUUAGAUGCAUGAUUUAUAAUCUAACAUGAACUCUCAGCAUGCCCCUCGCUAGUGACCAAAGAGGCAGUCUGAGUGUGUGUGAGCAAAAGUUGCUAAAAGUAGUUCCUUGGUGUUAGCUCUUCCAAUAACAAUGUUGCUAAAGUGUCUUUAAUAUGAAGGUUACAGCAUUUAUGUAAAGCAGGUUUCAAAAAAAAAAAAAAGUGAUUACCUGCAUUGUUAGCCGCCUCUUACUUGCAGUUUUUUUAUUUCCUAUUUAGAACACACAGAGAAGAGAAAAGACUGUUGUUGUCUCAAGGCUAAAGUGUGGUUUUCCUUUAAAGAAUAAAAAUAACAUACUGAUGGAUAUGUGAGAAUGUCUUAAAUCAGUCAAACUCAUUUUAGAUCCCAGGCCACAUGGAGAAAAAUGUACUGCCAAGUGGGCCAGACUGGUAAAAUCACGGCACGAUAACUUAAAAAUAAAGACAACUUCAGAUUGUUUCCUUUGUUUAAAAAAAGAACAAGCACAUUCUGAAAAUGUACAAAUCAUAAAGUUGUUAGGGUUUUUUUUACAUUUACAUGUUGCGGUUAAUAGAAAUUGUAUCUUUAUUUGUCGUUAUUUAUACUUUCUGAAUACAUUAUGUGAUAAUGUUCAUCAGUCAACUCAUUGGUGUUAAUUUUCAAACUCUCAAGAUAAAAAAAAUUAUAUCAAAAUGAAAUUACAGGAUGCUAUUUAUGUAGUUUGCUCAUUUUCCUCCACUGGUGCACUAACAUUAUGUGGUUUAUUUUUUUAUUUUUUUUUUACAUAUGUAGCAUCAUCUACAAAGAUACAAAGAAUUGCUAUUGCGACCUAUAGUGGACACAUUUAGAACAGCAGUUUCUUUCAUUGAAAAAUUUCGGAAAAUUGUUAUACUUAGCAAACUCAUCACGCUGACCGGAUAAAACCUGUUCGCGGGCCGUACGUUUCACACCGCUGUCUUAAAUAUUUUAUAAGAAUAUAAUUAGUUUUUUUUAAAUCAAUUUUCGAAUGAAUUGAUGAAUCUUAUGUGUAACAAUUCUUAAUCGAUUCCAAAAAAUCCAAAAUAGAUUUUUUAUUUUUUUUCAAGUUAUGUUUUCUUUUUCUUUUUUUUUUUAGAUCUGUCCAGUUAAUUUAUUUACUGUUUGGGUAGAAUUGUAUUCAACAAAAACAGUUUUGUUGAAGUAAUAUUGAAAUGUAUCACAGCUGUUUGUCUAUUUUAUGGAAGAAUGUAGUUAAUCAUAGAACUGGCAUCCAAUGAUGUUAAAAAAAAUAUAUUUUAAUUUAAUUUUAAUCAAGAAUCGGUAUUGAAUCGAAUCGUUAACCCCAAUAUUGGAAUGGAAGUGUGUUGUGCCCAAAGAUUCACAGCCCUAACAAAUAUAUUUUUAUUAGUCAAGACUGCCCGGAGAAAAGAACACAUGAUUUUUAUUUUUUGGCAAAUGUUGGAAUGACAAGAAAACAUGUUCAGUUCUUGUUUUUUUUUUUUUUUCAUCGCUCUAAAAGUCAAGAAAAGAUGGAUUUUGAGGAUUUUAUUACGAUGUUUUCAGAUGUAUUGCCAGCACCUUACUUGACUUCGGGUUUCAUUCUUUGCUCGGCGUCAUCGUUUCGUUGGCUCAGCAUUUUUGUAUUUGAUCUACUUCUUCUGUCAUUGUUACGCGUAUAAUUUUUAUGAUGUUUUUUUUUUUUAAUCUAUUUAUUUGUUCUCACUCCAUUUAAUUGCUGAAGUUAUCCGUUCGGUCAAUGUUCACUUUAAUUUUUUGUGUUGGUACUUGACUCGUCUUCUGCUCCUUUUUUGACUCCGAAUCCAGAAAUUAAAAAAAAAAAAAAUGUUGUUCCCAAACUUUUUCUGUGUGUGUGGGUGUCACUCGUGGUUUCUGCGUGUGAGGAGAUGGAGAUGCGGGCAACAAUUGAACAAAACACAAUUUCUCCUCCGACACUUGAACGCUUUCGAAACAGCAGCUGCAUUUCCAUACAAAUGAAAAGCGUGGCGGCGUCGCUAUCAUUUACCGAGGGAUGAUUAUGUAAAUAUACACACUGUUCAUCCAUGCAAAGAUACUUUCACUGGAGUCAUUUUGCAAUGCAGUCUGCUGAAAAUGGUGGAAAGGGCCAAUAUGCAUAACAACUGACGCUGUGGUCAAGGUUGGAAUCGCCACACAGCACAUUUUACGAUAGUCAAAUGUGUGGAUCGUGCACCCUUUCAUGUGUCAGGUAAACCACGGCAAAUGGGGCCAAAAGAACCCCCCUUUUUUUGUAAAUACAACUGUCAAAGGUCUUAAAAUGUAUUGUUCAUUCAAAACAAUCCUUUUCAUGUUCAGAUAUUUGAGGUCGCUAUUCAUAAUUAUAAAACAGAACUAAAUUAGUGAAGUGAAUUAUCUUUAAAUUGCAUUAUUUAAGUUAAACCCAUGAUUUACAACUAGUGCGACCCACCAGUCUUCAAUUGUCCUCGCAAGACUGCAGAGUGCUUUCUAAAUUCAUCUAAAUGAAUCUCGGAAUGCUACAAAUUUACUGCCGUCUUGUGGACAAUGUGAGUAAAUCAGAUCAAUGACCCUUGAAAAUACUUUGAAACACUAGCACAGCAUUUACUUAUGACACAACCCAAACAACCUUCCCUAGUCAUGGUGUACAAAAAAAUGCAACUAACAAAAUACAGAUGGUCACACAACACAACCUGCUCACUGAACUUUGUGGAUAUUAUGAAAAAAAGUCCCUUCAACGUAACAAAAAAUCUAUAUUAUACCGAUCGAAAUCCAUUAGAAUGCAUGAUGAGAAACGUAUGCAUGUUUGGCGCAUUUUAGCUGCGUGAUAUUUCUGAUUGCUUACAAAACUUUAAGGAGGUUGUCACGGAAGUAAACAAGGUAGGAGUCAAACGUUCACAUACUCU